AUGCUUGGUGUUGGAUUAAUGUGUAUAGAACUUGAAACUUCUUGGGUAGAUAAUCAUAUCGAAAUUAAUAGAGCAUCACAAAUCAUUAGAAUAUUAAUAUUUAUAACAUCACUUUUUUUAGUACUUCAAUUAAUUGAAUAUUAUUCAUUAUUAUUAUCAGAAGUAACACAUAAUUGGUUAACAAAAAGAGCUAGGGGUUUUAGAGUAACAAGACUUAAUGUUUUAAAAUCUACAAAAGUUGGGCCGUUAUUUUGGUUAGAAAUAUUAGUUUGUUCAUUACAACCUCUUCCAUUUAUUUCAACAGAAUAUACAUGGUAUAAAGAUCCAAAAUGGGGCUUAUUUAUGUGGCUCAGGUUAUAUCUCUUUUGUAGAGUACUAAGAGAUUAUAGCCCAAUCUAUAAAUUAAGACAACAUAUUACUAAACAAUUGGUAAAAGAUGUUUCUCCAAAGUUUAAUUGGGUACUCAGUUUAAAAUAUAUCAUUUCUGUUGCUCCAAUUUUAACUUAUCUAUCGUUUACAUUGGUUGUACUUUCUGUUACUGGUCAAAUAUUAUAUGUUUUCGAAAGAGAAAAGUUCUCUGGUUUUACUUUUCCAGUUGCAUUUUAUAUUUCAUUUUUAAGUAUGGUUACAGGGUGGCCAACCGACACAUAUGAUGAAUAUAACCCGCAAACUUUUAUUGGAAGAUUUUCAGCAAUUGUAUCAUGUGUCUUUGGUUUAUUAUUAUUAUCAUUUGUAAUUGAAAGUUUUGGUAGAUUAACACAAGCAACAUCACAUCAAAGACCAGUAUUAAAUAUUGUAACAUUAGUAGAGGCACAAAAGAAAGAAAGGGAUGCAGCUGCCAGAUUAAUCCAAUUGGUUUGGAGAAGAUGGAGAUGGCAAAAGACAUUUAGCAUCUCUCAAAAUCGUUCAAUGUUUAACGAUAGAGAAGCAGAUUUUUGUGUAAAAUAUAUAGAGUAUGCUAAAACAUUGGGUAGAAUGAGAAGAGAUAAAAGAGCCAUUCAAUCACAAUGCCAAGAAACUCAAAAUGACUCGACUCCUCAAAUAAUUGAACUAAAAUCAUUAUUCGAAAUGAAAUUAGAAGAGGAACGUAAUGUUAGAGAAUCCUUAGAAUCUAAAAUCAAACAAUUGGAAACAAACCAAACUAUAAUUUUAAAUCAAUUAAAUAAUUUAAUUCAAGUACAACAGUACCAAAUUCAACUUCAACAACAACAACAAAUUAAUCAACAUCAACAACAACAACAUCCAAAUUUUAAUAAUAAUAGUAAUGAAUUUAUAUAGCAAUAACAAUAUCACUUUUUUAUAUUAAAUUUAAAUUUUAUACCAAUAUAUAUAUUAUAUUAGCAAUUUAAAAUUAUUAAAGAAAAUCAUAAUAUAAUUUUAUAAUAUUUAU